CGAAAGAAGACACGUUUGACGAUAAUACCAAUUAAAGUAUUUGAGCAAUAAAACAUUUCAUAACCAAUCUAAUAAAUCAUAACAUUCUUACAUAGCACGACAUUGUUGCGUUAAACUCGAAUUGAGCAUUAUGGAUAAGCCGAAUAAGCCAAAACAUGUUAAGCGUGAAAAAAACAUUAGAAAUAAAAAUACAAUUGAAAAUAAUCCCAGAGAUGAACCCACAAAUAAUCCCAAAGAAAAGCUGGAAGAAAAGCCUGUAAAAGAAUCUAAACUUGUUAUACCAAAAGAGUCUGGAGAGGAAAACGAAAAUCGCCCUGCAGCAGAGCUCGGAAAUGACCUCAAUGCAGUGUUAUUACAAAUGAAUGACAUCAGAAAUGAGCUCGACAAUGACCCCGAAAAUGAGCCUGAAGAUGACCCCAGAGAUGAAAUCAAAUGCAUAUCAUCAUUCAAUUCAAUUAGUCUUGAAAAUAUCAAGGAUAUUCUGUACGAAUUACACGAAUACUUUGACGAAUUUCAAAUUGAAAUUGUUGCCUGUCCUGAUUUAACCAGGGAACCAUACAAUUUUGAAUGGCCUGGAAUGUCCGGGGAUUCAUCUAUUUGGGAAAUGUAUACUCGCAUGAACGUAGAAAUUGGCAAUAAAAUGUUCAUAGCGGGAGAGAACUAUUAUUGCAGUAAUAAUGAACCUGGAAUGGUGCUCAAAAUACGCGUUAAAGGACGCAAAAUCAAUUACAACAUCAUAACAUUAAUACAGAAUAUUUUGCAUAAGCGCUUAUACUUUAAAAUGGGGUUAAAUGGCCUGCUCUUAAUACAAGGGGGACAAAUAAAACUGGGCGAAUUUCCAAAGAAUGGCCAGCCACGGUGUAGGACAAUAAACUGUAAUUUAAAUACAAACGUAUGUCAGGGCGUAAUAGUCAAUGAUCCAGUCAUAAUUGAAGGACAACAUGAUGGACUUUUUUAUACAAAUGUUCGUUAUAUGUUUGACUCAAUCUCUAACUUAGAAUUUAAUCGAUUUCUUAACGACAUCACGCCAGAAGAGACAGAAUAUGUUGGUUACUUUGAUGUAGCGGAACGUAUGUUUUAUUACUAUUAGCAUACUUACUAAAACGUAUC